AAAGGGGAGGAAGAAAAAGAAGAGGAGGUAGAAAAAGAGGAGGAGGAGGAAGAGGAGGAAGAGGCCGGGGGGGGCCAUGGCGGCCACGGAGCUCGCGCGCCAGGUGGGUGAAGGUUGCCGGACCGUUCCUCUUUCUGGCCACGUCGGAUUCGAUAGCUUGCCUGACCAGCUGGUGAACAAAUCAGUUAACCAUGGUUUCUGUUUCAACAUCCUCUGUGUGGGAGAAACAGGUCUCGGGAAGUCGACGUUGAUGGAUACGCUCUUCAACACCAAGUUCGAAGGAGACCCAGCUUCUCAUUCCCAGCCAGGCGUUCAGCUGAAAUCCAGUUCCUACGACUUGCAGGAAAGCAAUGUUCAUCUGAAGCUGACCAUUGUUAGCACGGUGGGCUUCGGCGACCAGAUUAACAAAGAGGACAGCUAUAAACCCAUUGUGGAGUUCAUCGACACCCAAUUUGAAUCCUACCUUCAAGAGGAGUUGAAAAUUAGACGCGUGCUGCAUAAUUAUCACGAUUCCAGGGUCCACGCUUGCUUGUACUUCAUCGCUCCCACGGGACAUUCUUUGAAGUCCUUGGACUUGGUCACCAUGAAGAAACUGGACAGUAAGUUUGGGGGGGUGCUCCAGGCUCAUUUACCUUUUGCCAUCAUUGGCAGCACAGAAGAAAUCAAGAUAGGAAAUAAAAUGAUGAGGGCGCGCCAAUAUCCAUGGGGGAUAGUGCAGGUGGAAAACGAAACCCACUGUGACUUUGUGAAACUCAGAGAGAUGUUGAUCCGGGUAAACAUGGAAGAUCUUCGCGAACAAACCCACACGCGCCAUUAUGAGUUAUACCGACGGUGUAAACUGGAAGAAAUGGGGUUUAAGGACACUGAUCCGGACAGCAAGCCGUUCAGGUACGGUUUACCAGAUCAGGGGCACCCGUGGAAGGAAGGGGCUAAUUGGGUUGACUUGUGUGCCUUGGUACCCUUAUUCCAGCUCCAUGAGAAAUUUGACCGCCUGAAGAAGCUGCACCAGGACGAGAAGAAGAAGCUGGAGGACAAGAAGAAAACCUUGGAUGAUGAAGUCAACGCCUUUAAGCAGAGGAAGACAGCCGCUGAAUUGCUUCAGUCUCAGACUCAGCAGGCAGGAGGUUCACAGACACUGAAAAGGGAAAAGGAGAGAAAAAAAAGACCUUUUGUUAUGAACAGUUGUGAUUGGACAGCUGCACUCAAUAUAUAUAUAUAUUUACAUGAUCCACGUGAGCGAACCAGCACUGUUGAACUUAAUACCUUUCUAAUGUUGUCGAUUUUCAAUAAAAACUUAACCCUCCCGAAAUAA